CUUGGGUUUAACCUGGGGUCAUACCGAUUAGUCGCCCCUCAGUUGUGUGAUAAGUAGACCUUCUUCGCUUGAGCGAAGACCUUUCAGGAGUUGUCCUCCAAUCGUUCCGUAGCUGUUUUGGCGCGACCGUUCAACAUAUUCACAUAACACUGAACUUACCCGCGUUCUUGAUAUCAUGUUUUCUCUCCGCGUUCUGGCCGUGGCCGUCUUGCUGCAACCGAUAUCUGCCAUCAAGAUCGUGGAGGACGGGGACAGAGACGGGCCCGAGGAGAUUUCAGGGGAGAGCGAGGCCGUGUGGCGGAAGAUCAUGGAGGCCAGCGCCAACGUAAUGCAGCACCAGCGCCACGCAGAGGAGGCGGCCAAGGCUGCCGCGGAGGCCAGGGCGGUCGACGAUUCGGCGUGGGAUGCAGCAGCGGCAAAGGCCGCAGCAGAUGCCAGGGCCGCAGAGCAGGCGGCGAAGGCUUUCGCGGAUGCCAAGGCUACCGAGAAGGCUGCCGCGGAGGCCACGGCGGCAGAGGAGGCGGCGAAGGCUAUCGCGGAGGCCAAAGCUGCAAACGAGGCCGCCAACGUUGCUUCAGAGGCCAGUGCAGCGGAACAGGCUGCAAAAGUUGCCGAGGAUGCCAAAGCUGAAGGGGAGGCGGCGAAGGCUACCACGGAGGCCGAGGCGGCCGAGGAGGCGGCGAGGAAUGCCGCGGCGUCGAAGGCUGUACCGGAUGCCAGGACCGCAGACGACAAGGCGAAGGCUUCCGCAGAGGCCGAGGUUGCCGAGAAGGUUGCCGCGGCCGCUAAGGCGGCAAAUGAGGCGGCGAAGGCCGCCGCAGAGGCCGAGACGGCCAUGGUGGCGGCGAGGAAGGCCGCAGCGGCAAAGGCUGCAGCGGCGGUCAAGGCCGCAGAGGAGGCGGCUGAGGCUCUCGCGGAGGCCGAGGCUGCGGAGGAGGCUGCCGCGAAGGCCACAGCUGCAGAGGAGGCGGCAAAGGCUGCAGCGCCGCCAGCACAGGCCAGAUCUGAAGAGGAGGCGGCGAAGGCUGCAGCGCCACCAGCGCCAGCGCCGAUCAUGGAGGACCGCCGUGAGAAGGGGCGGCCACAGCCUUCUCCUCCGCCGACAGCGCCCCCGACGGCGGAGCCGACAUUGCAGCCCACACCCGAGCCAACAUUCAAAUUUGAGGCGCCAGGAAUCCCUUGCUCGUGCCACGUGCCAGAGUGCUUCCAAGGAUACGACCUCAAUGGGGAUGGCUGCCUUACCCAGAACGAGUGCGACUUGCAGAUGCCCAUCUUGGAAUACUGCUUCAUGGUACCCGCAACUUGCGGGCCAGAGAAGUGGGACUUGGAUGAUGACGCUUGCAUCAACCAGACUGAGUUCCUAAUGGUUUACGAAGUUAACCAAUCAGUCUGCCCGACGGAGGUUCCCGAGCCGUGCGACGAGUGCCCUCAGGGCAAGUACAUUGUCCCGAACCCCUGCGAGUGCGUCGACUGCGUUGGCGAAACGCGCAGGCGCCGCUCCUUAGAGUGCACUUCUUGCCCGGCUCCCUUCGUGCCCUGCCAGGACCCCGACGCAGACGAGUGUUGCGACCCUUACGUCCCGACUGCCCCGGCAAACGUCCCGAGCGGAAGCACCACGAUUCCUGUGCAUGUCGCGUAUCAGACAUGUACUGAGUUCUCUCUGGGCGACAGUAUCACCAUCUCUGGAAGAUUAUCGAGCGACCCGUCUACAGUUGUCACACAUUCAACCGUCGUCAUUGGGGUUUCUCAGAUUACUGGGGGCUACGAACUCGAUCUUAACGACCCGCUCCCAGGAAACUUUCAAUAUGACACGACGGUUCAGCAGACUUGCACAUCCACUGACGGAACUCAGGUGAGCGGCUCCUUCUCUCCCUUUUCUGGUGGCUGUUGCUGCGCAUGUGGCACUGAUUGUUGCGAGACCACUGAGGUGUGCACUCUAUCCCCCAACGGCACUGGUGUGUGCUCCAAUGCUGGCCCGUACCCCCAAUUCUCGACUCCAGCCCCAACCGUGGGGGCCAAGGGCGACCCACAUUUGGUCAACCUACAAGGGGAGCACUUCGACAUCAACCACGAAGGCACGUUCACACUGCUCCGUUUCCCACAGGCUGCCGAGAAGCCGGCCGAGUUCUCUUUCCAAGCAGUCGUCCAGCCAGACGUGGGGAAGCCGUGCACCACGUACAUCACGCACGUGGAGCUCUCGGGCGCCUGGCUCGGCGGCAAGACCGUGGAGAUUCGCUGCUACCGCAAGUCGCAUUCGAAUGACACCGACGCGUUCUUCGGUGCGCGGCUGCUAGAGGGCAAGAGUGAUUCCCCCUGGCAGACCAUCGACGAGUUCGAGACGAAGGACAUUGCGCUCUCCGCUUCGGAAUCGGACAUCGAGGUUUCGCUAGACAAGGCGACCUGGUUCCCCAAGAAGCGCUCAAAGGCGGGGCCGACUGCGGCUGGUAUGGUCACCCUCUCUCUGCGCAACAAGAAAAGCCCGAUUGGCGCGAAGAUCACCGUUCGCCAGGACUUGCCCGAGCAGGAGCACCUCAACGUGGCAGUGCGGCAGUUGUCUCAGCUUGGCCGCGUGGAUGUCGGCGGCCUGCUCGGUUUCGACGCACACCCAGAGAGCCUCGAGCGCCCUUCUGCCGCGUGCGUCCAUCACAGAGCCACCGCGCGCUACCGCAUCGAGAGCCAGGACGAUGUGGACCACGGCUACUACUUCAGGCCUGCGUGGAAGGACCGUUGGGACAAGGCUCGCACAGGGGGGCGCUCGCGGGACAACGAGGCGGCCGCCAGCCUCAUGGGCAGGUACGAUGGCAAGAGCGGCCUGGGCCUGGACAACAAGAUGUGCAAGUGCCCGAGCGCUCCUCACGGUGGCAGCGCCACUGGCAGCAUCGAAGGAGUACUCGUCGAAGAGGCGAGCUUCAUCUUCGGCAAGGCGUCUUGGGAGUAGCUCGCACCUCUGAGCCGCGUCGCUCCGGUAUGAUGUUUGCUGCCGACGGCACCCUACCUCGUCCUACAUCCUGCCUCCUUCCUCACCCCCCUCCCUCGUGCCAGCCGAUCCCGUCCACCCCGGCGAGCUGGUGAGCCGGUGUUCGCCCGAGGACCCCGCAGAGCACACAUACCUUACCACCCUUUGGGUGAUAAGGGGGUUGCGGGGGUAGUGGCGUCGUCUUUGAUUUGCCAUGGACGCAAUUCAACUCCUGAGAAAUUUGAUUUGCAUCGCAGUCACUUCCUGAGAAAAGCAAACAUUGCUGAACACGCCUGGCCAGUCGCCAGCGUGGCAGCGCAGGCCUCCAGAUCUCUCAUUCCGACGACGGGACGGGCCG